AUGGCGGGCAAGUUCGAACCCAAGGUUCCCGUUCAGUUGAAUCCGCCCAAGGAUGACCCCAUCUCUGUUGAGGAGCUGUCAAAAGCAACUGGAACUGACGGCGGAAAGUGCUACGUGGCCAUCAAGGGAAAAGUCUACGAUGUGACCGGUAACAAGGCUUACCAACCUGGUGGAUCAUAUCACGUCUUUGCAGGAAAAGACGCAUCAAGGGCUCUCGGGAAGACGUCUACCAAGCCGGAAGAUGUCCAGGCAAACUGGCAUGACUUGGAGGACAAGGAGAAGGAGACUCUGAAUGACUGGAUUACAUUCUUCUCCAAGCGCUACAACGUUGUAGGCGUCGUGGAAGGUGCUACAAACAUGGAGUGA